AUGGCAGCUCGAGUGUUCAGUGAUCACUUUAAGAAAGUGAAAGACACUAAUUUGAAAAAACUGCAAGAACUGAAAAGUAAAUAUAGCUUAUUGACACCAUCUCAAUACAACGAAGACUUCCUGACCAACUACACUGAUGUUAACAUCCCUGAUGAAGUAAGGAUGAUUCUCAGUUUGGACGAAAAACAUAGUUUUGUCCCUGACAAACUCCCUGUGGUAAACAUUAUUAAAGAUUUGGAAUACUGUAUUGAAUCUCAACAGCUGGAUAGUGAUGAAAAGGACAACAUCCGUGCCAGAAGUGUAGGUAUAGUCAAAAACUAUUUAACAAAAUACCAACAUAAAAAACAAGACAUUCUCUCGAAAAAAUAUAUUAGGGAAACUUUUGAAUUUGUAAAGAAUAACCAACAACUAGUGAUUAGUAGAUCAGAUAAAGGUAAUAUAACUGUAAUAAUGAGUAGGGAUGAAUAUGAGACGGAAGUCUAUAAGAUGUUAGAUGACCAGAAUGUAUACUUAAAACUCCAGAAAGACCCCACCACCAAAAUCCAAAAUAAUAUCAACAAAAUAAUCAAAAUCCUUAAAGAAAAUCAAUUCAUAUCAGAUAGUGAAUACAAGAAUAUGAUCAAACAUAACAGCACUCCCCCCAGACUCUACUGUCUGAGAAAAAUCCAUAAGACUACACUAAGUUUGAGACCCAUUGUGAGUUGUAUUAAUGCACCAUUCACCAACUUAGCCAGAUAUCUACAUAACAUUUUUAUUGGGCUUCUAUCAACAUCCACCUACAGCAUUAAAAACUCUUUUUCACUGGUGGAAUCACUGACUGAUAUUAUAGUCCCGGAGGAUUACAUCCUGAUCUCUUUAGAUGUUGUAUCCCUGUUCACUAACGCCCCACUAUCACUUGUAACCCAAUUAGUUAUAAAGCAUUGGAAUUUAAUUAGUUGCUAUACUGUUCUAGAUAAGAAAAGUUUUUUAUUGUUGCUCGAUACUUAUUUUGAGAGUAGUUACUUUGUAUUCAAUUGCCAGUUUUAUAAACAACUAGAUGGCAACCCCAUGGGGGCCCCAGCAAGUAACUCAAUUGCAGAAUUUGUUAUGCAUGAACUUUUUAGAUAUAUUGAAUCAAAACUAACCUUCAGAACACCAUUACUCAAAUUUUAUGUGGAUGACACAAUCAUAUUAGUACCAAAAGAUAAGGUACAACAUACAUUAGAUACUUUCAACUCCUUUCAUAGCAAGAUAAAGUUCACUUUAGAAACUGAAGUUGAUGGAAGACUUCCAUUUCUGGACACAAUUAUUAUACGCGAAGGUAACAAUUUGAUAUCAGAUUGGUAUAUUAAACCCUACAAUCCUGAGCUACAAAACUAA